UAUACAAAAUAUAAUCCAUUUUUAUUUGUUCCUCUGGGUUUUUGUAUAAAUGUGCAAUGCCUAUGGUCAUUCAGGACAUUUUUCUAAUGGGUGAGCAAACAUCUCCAAUCUACCUGGCCUUCACAGUCCUAGACCUUCAUAGAUAUCAGAACUGACGUCUGACUGAGUUAAUAACUAACCAACCAACCCUCUCCAAGCAACGUGUCAAGGUGCUUAACAAAAUGUCACCCAAGCUGUACUGUAGGGUUCAGCCUCUCGUGUUAAAAGCAGUGCGAGGAAAAUCAAUGUUCAGCUGUCAAGCUCCACAAUCAGAGGAGGUCCUCUACUAGUCAAGCCGAAAAUCCCACCCCAGACUUCACUUUUCUUACAUAAGACUUUAGGUCCCGUUGGUCAUUGGGAAUGUGAAUAGCAGUUAAUUAUUAUUACACAACCAAAUGGCUCUGGUCCAGGCUUUGCUGUGUAAUCACGGUGUAUCAUUAUUUCCAACAGCUCUUCCAUACAAACGGCAUGGGUCAAUUAGUCAUUUCCUUUCAGGCCUCAUAAACAGAGGGCAGCAGGCUUGGCAUCGGCUCUCUCAUCUCCAAACAACCAACCCCCCCCCCGUUCAGUUUGUCUUGGGGUCUUUGCUUCACAGGAUGCCGCCUCAGCGGACUCAGAGGCCCAAGUUUCCCACAGUCACAUACACACACACACAACUCUUCACUGUUUCCAAUGAACUCAUCUCCACCUUCAUCAAUAUAUGGCCUAUUUGUCCCCAUCAAGCGUUCUCAACAACACAGAGAAGUUGUAGGCUAUAAUGUUGACAUUUGCAUGGGAUAACAAUCCAUGUAAUUUCCCCCUUUGCAUCAUUGACCAAGUGCUGUGACAGAAUUUGGAUAGUAAGUGCCAUGUGAUCGGCAUGUUAUGGAAAGCACUGGGAAAAGUGACAUUGAUUAUCACUACAGGGUUUUUGGUCAAAUCAUGAAGACAGGGGCGUAUUGGUCAGAAAUGGUGCAGAGUAAAAGGUAAGUUAGCCCAGAUGGAAAUUUACAUGAAAUAACCACUUUGUGGGAUUUCCAUGUGAAUGUAUCUGAUUCAUUAAUGCGUUUAUUUUAUUUUUUAUCUCUAUUCAUCCUUUUGUUUUCUUUGGCUAAUUCUAGGCCACGUCCCAAAUGGCAUCCUAUUCCCAAUGUGGUGCACUACUUCCCAUAGGGCUCAAAAAGAAGUGCACAUAGGGAAUAGUGUGCCAUUUGGGAUGCUGCCCUGGUGUCCUCCCACACACACCGCUGGCUGGCACUAUCAGUACCGUCUCUCUACUGGGAAUAGCAGAGCCGUUUAACCAGAACAUCGUUCCCAUUCUCUCGUGUUCCAUAUUUGUCAUUUUUGUCAUUCCAAAAAAUAAAGCAUACUUUUUUUGCUGUGAGCAGCAAAUACGAGCCUUUACGGUGUGCCAUUUGCAACAUUUACUCUGCUGAUCAACGCAAGUAAUGGAGACCAAGAACAUGCUCUACUUGGUGACAGAGUAUGCCAAAAACGGGGAGAUUUUCGACUACCUGGCCAAACACGGGAGACUGAGCGAGCUGGAAGCGCGGCGCAAGUUCUGGCAGAUCCUGUCAGCGGUGGAGUACUGCCACAACCGCAACAUAGUCCACCGAGACCUGAAGGCUGAGAACCUGCUGCUGGACGUACACAUGAACAUCAAGAUAGCAGAUUUUGGCUUCGGGAACUUCUUCCAGCCCGGGGAGCCCCUGGCCACGUGGUGCGGCAGCCCCCCCUACGCUGCUCCGGAGGUGUUCGAGGGACAACAGUACGAGGGGCCCCAGCUGGACAUCUGGAGUAUGGGGGUGGUGCUGUAUGUGCUGGUGUGUGGCGCCCUGCCCUUCGAUGGCCCCACCCUGCCCGUGCUCCGACAGCGCGUCUUGGAGGGUCGCUUCCGCAUCCCCUACUUCAUGACAGAAGACUGCGAGCACCUGAUCCGGAGGAUGCUGGUGCUGGACCCGUCCAAGCGUCUGUCGGUAGCCCAGAUCAAGGAGCACAAGUGGAUGGCACUGGACGUGCCGGUGCAGAGGCCCAUGCUGUACCAGCAGGAGAGCGACCUGGGCGUGGGCGAGUACAGCGAGCAGGUUCUGCGGCUCAUGCACAGCCUGGGCAUCGACCAACACAAGACAAUCGAGUCGCUCCAAAACAAGAGUUACAACCACUUUGCUGCUAUCUACUACCUGCUGGUGGAGCGUCUCAAGUCCCACCGCUGCAGUUUCCCUGUGGAGCAGCGGCUUGACGUACACCAGCGCCGGCCCAGCACCAUCGCCGAGCAGACUGUCGUCAAGCCGAGCGAGCCGAGCGGUGGCUCCCCCCAGGUGGGUCUCUUGCCCCAGGGGGUGCGGGUUCUCCUACGCUCCCCGGCCCUGCCCCAAGCCUCGGCCGAUGCCUUCAACUUCCCGCAGUCGCCUCUUCUGCCUGAGCACAGCUUCAUGGUCGAGGACGUCGCCACUCCUAAAGUGAAUGGCUGCAUGCUGGACCCCCUGCCCCCCACAGUGCUGCGCAAGUCCAGCGCGUCCUCACCCAGUAACAUGAUGGAGACGUCCAUCGACGAGGGCAUAGAGACGGAGGAGCCCGACGCCGAGGACGACCCCGCCCACCUCUUCUCCGCCUUCCAGAUGGCUCGCUUCGGCCAGCGCCGACACACCCUGUCCGAGGUCACUAACCAGCUGGGCCCCGUCAUCACCCAAGGUAAACUGUUCACCAUGGGCCACAACCCGUCCCUGGGCAGCGUGGACUCUGACAUGGGCUACGACAUGGGCUCCUUGCACAGUGACCUGGGUCUGCUGGAGGACGUCCCCUCUCUCAGCGAGGUGGUCCUGGCCAACACCCACAGUUCGGGGCCCCACAUGACCCAGGGCCCCUUCAUGAGCCAGCGGCCCCCCAACCCCACCAUGCAGGGCCUGAGCUCCCAAAGGAGGGAGGCCCACAACCGCUCGCCCAUCAGCUUCAGGGAGGGCCGCCGCGCUUCCGACACCUCCCUCACACAAGGUCUGGUUGCAUUCCGGCAGCAUCUCCAGAACCUGGCGCGGACCAAAGGCAUCCUGGAGCUGAACAAACAGAUGUAUGAGCAGAUGGGCUCUGGGGAGGACCCAUCCUCCAUGAGGACCCUGGGGCCCCAUGCAAACCUGCAGAACCUGCUGGACCCCAAGCUGCAGGGAGAGGCAUCCAAGCUCGAGGAUAACUUGGCUUUAUACCAGGGUGGCGCCCAACCUCUACUGUCCCGAAGACAGAGUCUCGAGACACAAUAUCUCACACACAGACUACAGAAAGCUAGUGUCAUGGCUAAUGUGAGUCCUGCUAGCUGCCAGCUCUUCUGUAAGGAGAAUCCUCGGAGUCUAGAGCAACAGCUGCAGGAGCAUAGGUUGCACCAGAAGAGGAUGUACCUCCAGAAGCAGACUCACCUCCAAACCUACUUCAACCAGAUGCAGAUAGUGGAGGGUUCCUAUCCAGGGGACCCAGGGGCCCCUCCACAGCAGCAGGGGGCCAUGGCUGGGUCCCGCCAGCAGCAGGGCAGCUCCCAGGCCUCCCCUCCCUACACCCAGGCCCUCAGCCCCCUCAUGGAGCCCAGCGCCAACCUGGUCUACGACACCUACCUGGCGCACCACUACCCUCACUCCCACCUCAGCCCAGUACUCAUGCCCUCCGGCCUAGCCGGCCAGCUGCAGAAUCACCCCCCUGAGGCCUUGGGCUACAGCUACCAGCUGUGUGACCAGCAGGGACAGUUUCACUCCCCCCAAGAGGCACUUUCUCCAGAGCAAUACGAGUUCCCCCUGGACCCCGGGCAGCCGCACCCGCCUGGCCCAGGAGAGGCCCCUGUGGCCGGGUACGAGGGGCUGGCACUCCCCGCCGAACUCCAGGACUCCUUUUUGGACAGCGAGAUGAUGGAGACUGUAGACUCACAGCACGGCUUCGUACUGGUGAACUGAAGCCGGUGGAACUGUGGGGGGAAAGCAGUAUUACCGACAGUUAAAAACCUACACAGCGUUAUGUCGUAGAUAUGAUGGAGUGGAGAUGGGGGUCAAGGUACAUGGGAAAGUGUUUUUUUGUUUUUGUAUCAAUGAAUACUAUUUUUUGUUGUUGUGGUGAACCAACCUCAGAACCUUUCUACCAAAAUCAUCCCCAUCUCCCUUCUUCCCACUCCUCUGUUCCCAUCAGCCCUAUGCUAGGCCUGGUGGCUGCCUGGGCGAUAAGGGUGUGCCAGCAUGGCUGGCUGGCUGGGUAUAUGUGGAUGGAUGGAUGUUGCCAUGAUGGGGGGUGUCACAUGUGAAGUGAUAUCGCUCCACAGGAACACAAUUGCCUCAAAGCUGACUGCUGCCGCAGCAGCCUCGUCAAGAAGAGCUGGACGGCGCAAAAAGACUUGGCACAGUUUGGUCGUUUGGUCGUUUUUGGAAGAUGUGCACAAUGGAACUUGGCUUACCGAAAGCAAAAUCCAAACGACAACCAUGCUAUUUUGUAUUGAAAUAGGACAAGAACUCUCAAAAACACAUUGCGUGUUUGACAUAGUAAAACAAAAAAACGAACAAGAGACAAAGUAAUGAGUUAAUGCGCGCUUGAUAAGUGCAGUGUUCGUCAAUAUUUUAUCGUGGCAAUAUUGAAGCAAUAUAUCCAUCUGGGACUAGGGAGCCGCACGGGCGACUUCCUCACCAGAAAGUUGUACUUUAAUGUGACGUUUUUCGGGAGAAUUCCAGUAUGAUGACUCACAGCCAACAUAUCCACAGUGACAGCUCAUCACCGCGUAGACAGCGACGACGUAAUCGUGAGAUAAUCCCAACACCAAUCCCAUCGAAGCAGAUAAAAGGGAAGGAAAAAAACACAAAAACAGUACUCCAAUCUAUAUUUAAUGAAGAGAAACACGAUUUAUGUUGAUGUUCCUUAUAAAUUGGGUAGUUAUUUCCAACGGACUACACAAAUCAGUUUGAUGCCCUUCACUAGGCGCUAAAAGGAAUAAGUUAAGUCCAAUCAAAUCGGUUUGCUGCACUAGUGUUAGCUGAGGGUUCUAUCUCCAGAUUGUGUUCUUUAUACCUUCUGUGAUAUGCAGCUGAUGUGGGCCUAACAGUGUUGAUGUAGAAAAGUUCUAAUCAUGAUUCUGUGGUGGAAUAGACCCAAAUACCUACUGGGUUUCUGAAGGAAUGUGUUUCUCUAACUUAAGGUUGCUGUAAAAAAAAUAUAUAUAUAUAAUAAUAAUAAGAUGAAGAAAAAGACAAAUGUAAGAACAGAACGUUAGUCACACGAACACUGGAUUAAUUGUGUCACGUUUCACAAUGGCUCUCUCACAGCAAGCUUAGAAUGAACACUUCACUUUUGAAUCUACUUGAAGCAUACAGAUCUCUGAAGACAUAGACCUCUACUUGUCAUUAAAUAGGAUGAAAAACAGAAGUGGUCGAGGUCAGAGGCAAACGUCUGCUUCUCAAAUGGCAGCCUAUUCCCUACAUAGUACACUACUUUUGUGGGCUCUGGUCGAAGUAGUGCACUGUAUAGGUAAACGGGUGCCAUUUGGGACACUGCCAUAGACUAGACUACAGGAUUGUCUGUGGAAGCUGGAUUACUGGAGCACUUUCACGAGGUAAAAAGGAAAUAUAGCGAGAGCGAGUUGGUGACGGUAGUCGGUGUUUAGCCUAGUCUGCUGCUUCCCAUGGAGACGAGGGAACCAUUCACUCUCUGUUAUCCCAAUAAAUGGACACAAAACAUUUGGUUCUUUCAAAGAAAGACCAGAGAAUAACACUAUUGGUUGUUCAUUGUGCUUUGUAAAAAAUUAGGGGUUUAGAGACUUGAGUGCUCUCAAGAUGCAACAAAUAUUGUGUUGAGUGUGAAUAGUGUUCAGUGUGCCUUUUUUACUUGUUUUGUUUCAAAUUCGAAUAUUUGAGUGUUUUAUUUCUGGUUUUAAUUCCGUUAUGUUUUUAUUUUGGGGUAUCCUUUCCGGAAAUAAGUAGACCCAGGUUUUUACAAAGGUACGAAACCAAAGUCCCCUCAGAAGUUUCCCUGUCCAACCACACCAUGUGGAGUUAGGAACUUCUUUGUUUUAGCUUCUUGACAGUGCUUUUUUGGUCCAUCAGUAUAUGCCAUUUAAAAAGUAUUAUAGCAAUAUUUCUGAGUAAUAGUUGAAGAUGUAAAGAAAAUAAUGAAGAUUAGGAGUGGAUGUGUUUCAGUAUCAUAAUUUCACUUCCUGCUGACAAGCGCCUGUCUUUAGAAAAUCCAAUUUUAUAUUUACCUUCAUUGAUGUUGACCACAGAUAAGCUAACUUGCUGUUGAGAUUAAAAAAGGUUUAUCGAACAA